CACACGCGUGUGUUUGUGAUUAGUUCACUCCUCCACGGCGCAGUCUCCCCUCCAUUGCUUCCGCAGAAGAGCCCGUCUCUGCUGUCCCACUAAAGAUGGAGCUGUCUGCGGCAGGGGACCGAGUGUUUGCCGCUGAAGCCAUCCUGAAGCGCCGCGUCCGUAAGGGACGGAUGGAGUACCUAGUGAAAUGGAAAGGAUGGGCAAUAAAGUACAGCACAUGGGAACCGGAGGAGAACAUCCUAGAUGAACGACUUGUUGCAGCAUUUGAACAAAAAGAGCGGGAGCAGGAGAUGUAUGGACCUAAAAAGAGAGGCCCGAAACCUAAAUUAUUGCUUCUAAAGUCAAGAGCACAGGUUGCAGAGACUUCCUCACGAGUCCCAGAGUUCAAGCACACUCAUCCCAAGCAGCACUCCAAGUUUCCUCCGCCCUCGGCUGCACCGUCCUACACCCCAACCGCCCCUUCCAAUGCUAAACUGCAGUCGGGGACUGCUCAGCCCAAACUGAAGAAAGACAUUCACCGCUGCCAUCGCAUGGCUCGUCGCCCCUUGCCCCGUCCAGACCAAACAGUCAGUCCCUCUGGUCCUUUUUCGUCCCGUCCAACAGUAAGUCCUUUCUCAGAAACGGUCCGCAUUCUCAAUCGUAAAGUCAAACCCAGGGAAGUAAAGAAAGGACGGGUCAUUCUGAACCUCAAAGUGGUUGACAAGGCUGGGAACGGUGGAGUUCCUAAUAGUAGAAGGACACAUGUGCCCUCCGCCCAGCAGUCCCAUUUUGGCCGACAGAAGAUUCCAUCCCGGAACAGGGUGAUUGGGAAAAACAGGCGGUUUGGAGAGUUUUCCUACCGAGGAAUCCCGACCCCCAAUAGAAAUUCUGGGUUUCCUGUUUUUGGAAAGCUCUUUGAUUCUCACUCUCUGAACAAUGCAGAGAACCAGACUCAAAGUGGAGAGAGUCGCGAUAACACGGCAAAGAAUCUCUCUUCCUCCAAAUGUUCCAAGUUGGAUGCCUCCAAAAAUCAGACUCUUGAUGAACUUCCUCCUUCAAACUCAAGCUCUGAAGUUUCCGAUGGUGAGCCCAACUCCCCGCCACAAACCCAAUCCCAGCGUUCCUCAUUGCAGCCCAAGUCCUCCACAAUCAAGGCGCCAGAUCCCACACUUCACAAACACAGCGCUCAAACUGUGCCAUCCAAAAACAGCUUGGUUCCUACUGCUCUUCCCUCCUCUCCUAUGUUUUCCUCAUCGUCCUCUGCGUCGUCUUCCUCAGAAGACAACGAACGCAUCCUGGACCUUUCUGUACCUCAUGAAAUGGACAAGAGAUUGCGGCGUCGCCAUCCCUUCUCUGGCCGUCAUCCGCUCAAAGUCCCUGAGGUGCCUGUGUCAGAAGAACCAUCUGAGGAAGAGGAAGAUUUGGACUGGCGUCCUGACAUGACAUCCAAAUGUGCCAAUGUGGUCGUAACGGACAUCACAGCUAACCUCCUCACCGUAACGAUAAAGGAGUUCUGUCAUCCACCUUCUGUUAACCCUCCUCCCUGCUACCCCAAAAAUAUAUUAGCUCAACAUGACACAAAACAGCCAAAGCAACACCCCAACAAAACAUGAGUGCAGACCCCACAGAUACGGCCUCCUCCUUUAGCCUUCAGAAGGGAUAUUAGAAGGUUUGUUAGCCGUUUGUUUAAAGUUUCUAGAUGCCUGGGCUCAUGUGAGUCUUUGUUAAGAGAUGUGGCCAAGCUGUCCACUCUACAACACUGUGCCAUGACUUUUAUAAUCGUAAAAAAGAAUGUCUCAGAAUAAGGCUCACUGUUUUUAAUCUGAACACAUGGACCUCUUUAAGAAUGGAUUUAUACACCAGUGGCUUCUUGAAAGAUGUGCCAAACAACUUCCUGUAUGGUAUUUAUUCCUUAUAUUUCAUAUCGUUUGAAUAAAUACACUGUCGUUCAAAAGUUUGGUAAGAAUUUUUUUUUGCAAGACAAGUACAAACAGUAUUGAUAAAUUAAGAACGUUUUUUUAUUUUAGCAUUUAAAAAAAUUAUUGAUUUCUAUGAUGGCAAAGUUGACUUUUCAGCAGCCAUUUCUGCAGCCAUCGGUGUCACAUGAUCCUUCAGAAAUCAUGUUAAAAACAGUUGUGUUGUGAAAUAUUUUUGUGGAAACAUCAAUACAUUUUUUACAGGAUUCUUUGAUGAAUAUAAAGUUAAAAAUAGCAGCACUUUUUUUCAGCAAUUUUUUUCCAACUUAUUUAGAAAUAUUUGUUAUUUUUGAUUUUUUUACAAUUUCUUUAACCAAAAGUAAUAAUGUCUUUUGAAAAAAAUCAUACUGAUUCCAACCUUUUGAACAGCAGUAUAUAAUAUAAACCAAGUAUUAUCUGCAUCAACUCACUUCCAUAAUGGAUUCUAUUUACUCAAUUCAUUUGUUGUAUCUGUAUAAUGUGUAUAGCAUCACUAACAUUGUAUUGUGCUGUAAACAAGGGCUCAUUUUAAGUUUUACAUUUUACAUUUAUAAAAUUAAUAGUAAGAUUUGGCUGGUAAUUUACUGAUUACAGGACUUUUUUUUUGGUUCGUUUUUUUUUUUUUUUUUUUUUUUGCGUAAUUACCUUGCGUAAUUUAAUUUUCAAGAGGAAAUCAACUAUAUAUUGUGAUUAGAACAGCAGGAUGCACUUUCUUUGCUUGUAAGAAAUAUUUAUGGCUAUAAAACGUGCUCCGUUCACCCGUCAGUUAAUUUUGGACCCUGGCUAUUUUUGUUUUAAGUUAAGCUUUGGCGUGUGGCAGGUACCUGACACAAACAUCUCCACCUUUAAGCAUCCACACAGCCAGUAUCUUCAUAAUGAAGCAGAAUAACAACCAUCUGUGGUCAACAACUCAACCAGCUCUGUCAAACGUGUAUGUUUUAUCUCAGUCGAAACUAUAUGGCAAGUGUGUAUAGUGCUGUCUUACCCACUGUCCCUUUCGCAAAGGGAUUUGGUUCAUAGUCAUACAGUAAGAAAUACUCAGGUGAGAGAAUGAAGAACAGGAGGUUUUGUUGUUGCGAAGCUGAAAUGCAGAUGUAAUGGCCAAUUUUCAUGAAUCUAAGCCAGUAAGGAAUGAGAUCCUUCUGUGCUUUUCCUAGGUUUUCCCCUUUAAUGUAACUGGAAAUCUCUGUUAACUGAUGGACAAGAAACUGUUAAUUAUAUGUUAAUGACUAACAUAUUCAUGUUAAUGUUGUUUUAGUUUUGCCUUUCCAAAAACAGAUAGAUUCAGAUAAAGCUCUUUUGUUUCUUUCUAAAGUACUCUAUUGUAGAAGAGACUAGAUUCUUGUGCUGUAAAAAGCUUUGAGCACAAGUUAAUUCCAUAAGAUCAUCUAGCGCUCUCUCUCUCACUUUUUUCAGUUUGAAAACGAAUAUCGUCUAGCCAUCCCAGGAAUUGUUUUAAUGUCAUCCUGCUCUCUAUUUAUCAGCAGGGAUAGAUCGAUCUCAGCAGAGAAAGUGUGGGGUAUGGGACUUUGAAUCCAGAGAAAGAGUAUUUGCUUAGACAUUGGCAAAAAGCAAGCUUUUGAUCUAGUCCUGAUGUGGUUGGAACGGUCUUUACCCUCCAGUUUGGCUUAUAAUGAGAGCUGAUGUUUAAACCCCAUGGGCUCGGGUCUUGAUGCAAGCCAGUGUCAGAGUUUAAAAACGAAAAGGCACAGGCGAAGUGCACUAGCCUGAUGAAAUGGAUGAUGAUGUCAUUGAUGUGAUGUGGCCAAACACAAUGUUUUGGGGUUUGCUUAGGGUCACAAAAUGAGCUCAUACUGCAGUUUUCCUUAGUUCCUGGUGUGCCUUGUUCUCAAUGUCCAUCAAGCCUUUUAUAUACCUUAUUUAAACCUUAUUUUAAGUCUGGACUUGAUUGAUUAAUUGACUCAAAAAUGAAUAGCCAGAAUUGGCACUCUAGAUUACAUUCAUCAACCUUAAUUUAUGUGAUGUUGUGAUGAAGCUCUUCAGUGUGUACUGUCAUUAAUGUGUUAAUUGUCAAUUAGAUUUUUGUUCUGGUUUAAAGUAGGUUCUAUUCUUGAAACCUCUUUAAAAACCUUUUCUUUUUUUUUCUUUUUUUGCUUAUGAAUAUUUAUGUCAUCAGCAAUCAGACUUUCAGUCCUGCUCUUUGCAGCUUUAUGGUUUGCAUCUUGUUGGUCCUAAAUCGCUGAUAUUUUCAGCAAAUACAGAAUCUUCUGAUCUUUGUGGCCUCCCCUGUAAUCCCACUUAACCAGCACUCCAAGACGUGUGCAUAGAGAGGGAUUGAGAAUCAAGAUUUCCUCUCAAAAUCCCGUCAGGAGAUUGGCUCUGAGUUCAGGGCAUCAUUCUGUUUAUCCCGCUGAAUCCAGACUCUUAUUAUUCUUCCACAUCUGCUGACAUUUUAGCUCAGACCUCCAUGAUGAGGAUGUUUUAAGGACACAUUCUCCGGUAGACCUGUAUUCAAUUGAUUUUUAUUGUAAUAGAGUUUGUUCAGCCAUAUUGUUUGUUUAGCCAUACUGUGUGUGUGUGUGUGUGUGUGUGUGUGUGUGUGUGUGUUAAAUGGCUAAUUUGAGGAAUUGCUAAUUCCUCAGCACUAAGAAUGCAUGUUUUCAUGUUUGUGUUAUUUAAAAAGAUUAAAAGUAAAUGCACUCAUGCCUUUGUGCAAAUGAAGAGUUGAAUAUAUAGAUGUUUUCAAACCGAUCACACAUAGCUCUGAUUUUGGUGUGAUUCAUUUGAAUAUGAAGUUUGAAUAUGUGGAAUUCAUUCCUUGGAAAGAACCUGCAGCUCCGGUUUUAUGUAAGUCAGAAUGGAGCUUUCUCAUGACUUUUAUAUACACUUUAACAUUGUGUAACUUGUUAUUACGUUGCCUUUAUAAAGCCAAUGUACUGUACUACAUCCAGCAGACCCAUCACAGUUCUUCAGACUGUUCUCAAUUCUCUCACUGGACUUGAUUUCCCAAGACAAUUAAGUAUCCUAUAGAAUUCAUUGAAAAACUUUCUAACAUGUCAUCCAAAACUUCAACUAUCCAAAAAAUCAACUAGUAUAUUGGACUACCUACAUAAGACUUCAACUUCUAGUGAACAUUCAAACGUUCAGGCACAACUAUCAGGCCAGCAUUCAACCAGAUCUGGAGCUUCAGCUGAAAGUGUUAUGCACAGAUCACUAUUGUCCCAGAUGUUUGAGAAUGAGCCUUACGUUCACUGUGUAACUUCUGAUCCAUUCUGUGUAGUUUUUCACAUUGACCUGGCUUCAACAGUGAAUGUGUGUUUGAGAGAAAAAAUGAAUGCAUUCUUCAUUAUUAUAAGUUCUGAGUUUUAAUCUCAUGCCAGUUGUUUUAAAUGUGAAAACUUUUGAACCAUAAUUUGUUUUUCCCCUUCUUUUUCUGUAUGAAACCUCUUAUUAGCCAGUGAUGAUUAUGUGAAUGAUUUAUGCAUGUUGCCUUUUUGAUUUGGUCGUUUUUGUUGUAAAUAUUAAUUUUUAUAUAAUAACUUCAUGCUUGAUUUUAUUCUGUAGUGACCAUAGCAAAGCGAUAAUUAUUUUUCAUUGCUUUAUGUAUUGUGUACAGACUUGUAAUUGCCAAAGUGUUGAAAAUCAUGACAAUUUUUGUACCGUCUUUGAAGUAGAAGUGUAGCUAAGCUCACUGGCUGUUUUAAUAAAGGAAUUGUGUUUAUGAUUUUACAAA